UUCAGAAGAAGAAAAUUUUUCAGCCGGUUUGUUAUUGUCGGUUUGUGGCCUUAAAAAAUUAAAGAAAAUCAAGUUUUUCGGAAAUAAAUGUAAGUGAAUCCACCUGCAACCAUGGCUCACCUGACCGGCACCCGUGUCAGCACCUUCAAUGAGAGCUUCCUGAACGAGAAUGAGCACGACUCGAAUGCCGUGCUCAUGGAGCUGGACAAGGGUCUGCGUAGUGCCAAGCAGGGAAUCCAGUGCGAGGCGAUUGUCCGCUUCCCGCGUCUUUUCGAGAAGUACCCAUUCCCCAUCCUGAUCAACUCUUCGUUCAUCAAACUGGCCGAGUUCUUCGUCAGCGGAUCGAAUCUCCUGCGCUUCUGGGUGCUGCGAGUCUGCCAGCAGAGCGAGAACCACCUGGACAAGAUCUUAAACAUUGACAACUUUGUGCGUCGCAUCUUCAUGGUGAUGCACUCCAAUGAUCCGGUGGCGCGGGCCCUGCUUCUGCGCACCCUCGGCGCAGUUUCCCGUGUUAUUCCCGAGAAGCAGCAGGUUCAUCAUGCCAUCCGCAGGGCCUUGGACAGUCACGACACCGUCGAGGUGGAGGCGGCCAUUUAUGCCAGCAGCUGCUUUGCCGCGCAGUCUAGUUCGUUUGCCAUCAGCAUGUGCGCCAAGAUUUCAGACAUGAUCGAGUCGCUGCAGGUGCCGGUACCUAUGAAGCUGCUCCUAAUUCCCGUGCUGCGGCACAUGCAUCAUGACGCCACCACAGCAUCCCUUGUCAGUAGGUUGUGCAUGGAUCUGCUGCCAAAGUAUCCCGCCCAGAGCUUCGUUGUGGCCAUUAUAGACACGCUUACCCAGUUAUCCUCACGCACACUAGUUGGUGUGCCCGGCCAGCUGGAGGUUCUGUUGGACUUCAUGCAAGAUCUUCGCACACCCGUACGCGUCCAGGUGCUGCGCUCAUUCAACGAGCUGGCGGGUAGACAGAGCGUGGAUGCCUGGCCCAAGCCAGCGAUUGAAGCAUUAAUUGGCAGAUUCGAGCUGUGUACUAAUUCCCAGGAACAGUUCCUUUUCCUCUCGAUUCUGCUGAAGCUCAGCGAGUGCCCGCUCACUUGCCAGCAGCUUCUAAGGGAGCACCGUGGGGCAUUGCUUCAACUUUGCAUCCAGUGCAUCAGCAAGCUGGACGACUUAACCACAGCAACCCAGGCCAUGGCCGUGCUUGCGGUCCUCGGGGCCUUUGGACUCAAGAAGAAGCAGGAGAGCGGCGUGCAGCAGGUGGAAGAUAUUUUGCACAUGGUUAACCUGCACAUGGAGGGAUUGCUCCUCUGCACGGCGAGGAGGGCGGAGUGCACCAGGGAUCUUCGUCGGGUGCUGACCUACGGCAUAAGGAUCACGCAAGCGAAUGCUGAAUUCGGGACUUCAUUCAUCGAAAUUCUGACCAACACACUGGGUGACAAGGUGACCUAUCCGCCGGCCAACGCGGAGCUUAUGUGUGAAGCUUUGGUUGGACUCUGUGAGCACUUUCAGCUGCGCAAGUAUGCCUUCUCCACAGCGGAGGGAUUGGUUGGUGAGGACGACAGCAAUGCCAUGGAUACCGAUGAGCCGCCGCCGUCAAAAGUGAACCCCAUGCUGUCCCGCCUGCCGCUAAUCCUGCACAAGUUAAACAGCAUCAUUGAGAGUCCGCAGAACUGCGAGCAGCAGGUUAAAACCGUAGAGAUCCUCAGUGCUCUGGUACUGCUGACAACAAUGGGAUGUUAUUUGCCGCAAAAGGUGACCAACAUUUUCGAGAAGUGCUUGUCCAAGCUGAAUUGCUGGACGCUGUACAGGAUUGCACGCACUGCCAGUCGUUAUGGCCAUCACUAUGUGGCUGCGCACAUAUACACGAAGAUUUCUCAGAUGGUGAUCAUCGAUCACAUGCACUACUUCCUCGUGGCGCUCUCGCAAAUCUCGCAGGCCGAGUGCAUUCUCAACUAUGGACUGGAUUACGCCGUCAUGCGGGAUAACAACGCACUGCAGGCACCACCAGAAAGUUUGAUGCCGCUGAUGAAGCGUUUGGAGAAUGCCAGCAAUCUUUACCAGCAGGCUCUGGCUAGCCUACGAGCUUGCUCCUCGCCUCAGCAUCCGUGCACCUUUCAGCUGGAGUAUCUAAAGAUACGGGCACAGUUUCUGCAGACCUUGCUUCUCGCGGUGACUGUGAAGAAUGCCCAAGUGAUUGUGCCGCCGCCUGCCAUCGCCGGAAGUCUGGCUCAAAACUCAAGGGACUACCUGCAGAAGUUCGGCCAUGUUACAAAUCAGCUGCGUAAGCUGGUCAAGGCCCUAAAGGCCUGCGAGGAAUCGUAUGCUAGGCUCUACAAAUCCUCUUUCGAUGCCGACCAUGUGACACUAGAGUUUCUGCAGGUAGCUGAGUUCCAGUGUGCUCUCUUCGCCCACAUCAUCGAGUCUAUCUGCUAUGCCACACCACCGGAACCACCCGUCUUUCUUACCACUGGGGAUCACCCGGAGACGCGGUACUUUGCGGCCAGUUGCCAGCGUAUGGCGCAGAUGCAGAAGAACCUGCCACUGGAGCCAGCAAAUGCAAAGACCAUCAGCAAUCGCCAUUUGGACGUCAUUAUAGCCCAAAUCGAAAUCAUCACCAAGACGCCACUCUGCCUGCCGCGUUACUUCUUCCAGAUCCUACAGUCCACACAGAUCAAGCUGUCGGUAAGUCCGCAGCCUAGGAGCGCAACUGAGCCGGUGAAUGUCCAGUCGGGCAGUAACCUUGUCAUCAAAGUGGAGGGUGUACUGCAGCAUUUUAGCAAACAGCAGAAGCACUUCCGACGGGUUGAGUCCGUCCAGUUAAGCCUCACAUCUCAGCUAAUUACCCCUCCGCCGAGAUCCACGCAGGACCAGCUAUCCAAGCCGGGAGCCAACGACACCGUGACCCUCAAUCAGAUUGUGAAGCCCCAGCGCGAUUUUCUCUCCGGGAGCUUUUUGCUGCCCAUCUCUAGUGGUGGUCACUUUCAGGUGACACUUGAGACGUUUGUUGUGGACGAGAACGGGAUCACCUGGUGCACAGGUCCCAAGUCCUCGAUGGUGGUCCGGGUGCUGGAGGAUCCCAGCAAACCAUCGGCGCCAGCGCCAAGCACCUCCCAAGCCGUGGGACAGACGAGAAGGUUUUAAAAGCUCUUAGGCUUAAUUUUUAAAAUUGAAUAUUUUUGUAAUAAUAUUAAAUGUUAAGCAAUUAUUGUACGAUACAGAUUUAAAUUUGAACCGAAGGUUUUAUUUUAUCGU